AUGGACAGCGGCGCGGGCGCAGGCCAGAGGAGCGCCUCCUCACGGCGCGCCUGGAGAUGGACGGCGCCGAGGGCGUCCACCGCGGCCACCCACGCGGCCACAGCUGGUCGGAUGGCCACCCGCCCUGGCCGUCGCAGACCCCCAGGCCGGACCCCGCAGCCACCCAGGCCGACCGGCGCGGCUACAUUCGGCCGCCCUCCCUUCCAUCCCGGGCGCCCAGCUGCUGUGUUCUUCCAAGUUGCUGGAGCCGCCGUGUUGGCCGAGGUGCCAUUGGGAUAUCACCGAAGAGCAGAACAAGUACCUGAAUCUCGCCGAACAGAGAAGCAUCUCGACGAUCAGAACAAGUACCUGAUCUCGCCGAGCAGAGAAGGUCCUGAUCUUGCCGUACACACCUCACCUUCAAAUUCUGAUCUCGAGCUGAGCACGAACCAAAUCUUCUCGACAUACACACGAUCGACAAGAUUUUUGGAAUCAGAUAGAAAGUUAAAUGUUGAUCCAUUGUCUUCAUUAGAUUUGUUGGAAUUAGAUAGAAAGAUAAUUAGUGAUUCAUUACCUUCACCUGCAUCUCCAACCAUCCUUACAUUAUCUCCAAAUCUUGAGUCGGAAGAUAAGCAAGCGAGUGAAUUAGAUGAUGAUAAGCAAUUAGAAGAAAACAAACAGAUCAUAGUUGAAGAUAAGCAGAUGGCUGAAAUAGAUGAUGAUGAUAAACAGCAUGAAGAGCAUAAACAGAACAAAGUUGCUUGUUCCAUGUGUAUUUGGCCCAAUUGUAUGCUUGCUGGUUCAACGCUUCAUAUGUUACUGAAGAAAAGGAGUUAUGCCUACAAGUUCUUAAGUAGCAGGCUAGGGGGAGAACCCCUUAAGCUUGGUAAACCCUAUAAUGCAAACAGAGUUCCAAACAAAAAUACUGACUCAAAGACAUCAUCGGAGGCUGAGUGUGUUCACUGGGAGCAUGAAGCUGGGCCCUUGCUAGAAGCCGAACUCAAGUCUGCUGCUCCGAAUGAUCCUCUCAUCGGCGAGCCAGCAGUGGUGACAAAUGAUCCCAGGAAACGUGACCUCAAGUGCAGGUUGUUGAGAAUUUGUCAGUGA